GAGUUGUCGUUCCACGCUCUCACAUAAAUGUAGGGUAACCGACGUGCAAGCGUUUGUUACUUGAUAUUAUAUGCCUUUAAUUGAUAUACACUUAGUAAAGAGAUAAACGUAUUUCAGACUGAGGACAAAUCAAUAAGAACAGCAGAUGUUCGUGUGUUGAAUCACUGUGCGCUACUUAUAAAAAUGAAAGCAAUAGUAACGGCAACUGUGUUUGUUUUGUUCUGGUUUACCUGUGUUAGUGACGGGAAAAGGAACGUAUUGGUUCUUCUAGGUGAUGACGUAGGUUUCCAGUUCGGUUGCUAUGGUAACCAGAAGAUCCGGUCGCCACACGUGGACGCUCUCGCCAAGCGUAGUCUGCUGUUCAAAAAUGGCUUCACUUCCGUCAGCAGUUGUUCCCCAAGCAGGUCGGUUGUGCUGACGGGACUUCCGGUACACCAGAACGGCCAAUACGGUCUCGCACACGAUGUCCACCACUUCCAGUCGUUCGACGAGGUACAGAGUCUGCCGCUCAUUCUGGCAAGCCACGGGAUUCGAACAGGUCUUAUCGGCAAGAAACACGUGAAACCGGAUACGGUGUAUAAGUUCGAGGUGGAAGUAACGGAAGAGGAGUACUCCAUUAAUCAAGUGGGCCGCAACAUCACGUUCAUGAAGGAACACGUCAGGGAUUUCCUGGAGGCGUCGCGCAAUGACACCAGGCCUUUUAUGCUGUACAUCGGUAUUCACGACAUCCACCGAUGCGAUACAGGCGGUAAACUCGGGGACUUCUGUGAGAAAUUCGGGGACGGAACUUCCCCCGGGACCGGCGUUAUCCCGGACUGGAAACCGGAAGUUUACACACCGGAAGAUGUCGAGGUUCCGUAUUUCCUGCCCGACACGCCCGCUACGCGCCAGGAUCUCGCUAAUAUGUACAAAACGUACAGCAGGUUUGACCAAGGUGUCGGACUAUUCCUGCGAGAACUCGAGAACGCCGGUUUCGCAGACGACACGCUGGUGCUGUUCACGUCUGACAACGGAAUCCCGUUUCCGCUUGCAAAGACGAAUCUGUACGACCCGGGGCAAGGAGAACCCUUCAUGAUCUCGUCUCCAUAUCAAAGGGACACGUGGGGAAAGGUAAAGACGACCGAACUUAUGGCCAGUACGAUGGACAUUCUACCCACUAUUUUAGACUGGUUUCAAAUUCAAUACCCUAAGUAUUCCCUGAACGGCCAGGCAGUCCAACUUACCGGAAAGUCACUGCUAAAAGCCCUAGCUCCGAAUCCAGGACCGGCAUUUGACCUGGUGUUUUCAAGUCACGUGUUCCACGAGGUCACGAUGUAUUAUCCAAUGAGAGUCAUCCGCACAAUGGGCAUGAAACUUAUUCACAAUUUGAAUUACAGAGCCCCAUAUCCAAUGGCAACGGAUUUAUAUCUUAAUCCUACAUUUUUGGACAUUUUAAACCGUACAGAAUCGGGCGAAACACUGCCGUGGAUUACUACGCUGGACAAGUAUUACUUCAGGGAUGAGUGGCAGCUUUUCAAUUUGACGUCUGAUCCAUACGAGCAAAUGAAUAUGGCGGACGCGCCAGAAUACCAUGACGUCAUUACGAGCAUGCAGACGACACUGAACGCUUGGCUCGUUGAAACAGACGACACGUGGCGAUGUCUGCCCGCCGGGGAACUAGAAGGAAACACGUGCUACCCACUGUAUAAUGGCGGAAAAAAGGGAAUGGGUCGAAAUAAAUAACACUGUUCUUUUUGAAAAACUAGACACAUUUCAAAGGUUGUUAAUCCACCGUUCGUCUGUCAGUCUGUAAGUAAAUAAAGGCUAACACACUUUGGUCGCUGUAACAUGCCAAAAUUAUUUUGUAUUGAAUAUGGUGGCAAAUAAAUAUGUAACAUGUA